AUGUCGGCCAUAUCGCGCAAGAUCGGGCUUAGGAACGAAAAGUUCGCCACGAAGGUGGCAUCCACUGGCGGCACCAAGACUUCUGGGCAGCGUCGUACCAUCAGUUUCUACGUGCUCGCCUUCUUGCUCUUCGUGCUGGUGUGCUCAGGCAUUUGCGAGAUGCUUAUGCACAUCCCGCAACUGGACCCCGCUAACGCCGCAGUUCUGGGUAUUGUUAGCUGCUACGGUCUCCUUGUACUGCUACAAUCGCCGUCGCUCCGACGAAGGGGAAGAUAUGCUAGCAGCUGA